AUGGAGGGAACCGUCUCCUCCUCCAGCUUCCCCGCCCGCAUCGUCUUCAACAAGGACGUCACUUCCCCCGACUCGUCAGAGUGUCAGCCUCCUCUCCCUGCUCUCAUCAACUGGAAGUGCCUCGUCUUCUCCUCCGACUUUGAGUGCGGGAACCUGCGGCGAGCUGUGCAGGUGGGGGAGCACGAGUAUGACCUGCUGCUCUCGACGGACACCAAGACGCGGAGGCACGUUCAGUGGUUCUACUUCCGCAUGUCAGGGAUGGAGCGAGGGGUGAGGUACAAGCUCAACAUCAUCAACAUGCGCAAGCAUGACUCCCUCUUCAACUACGGGCUCAAGCCCGUCGUCCUGUCCGUCAAGCUCCUGCACAAAGAGGGAGCUGGCUGGCACCACGCGGGAGAGGAGGUGGCUUACUACCGCUCGUCGGUGAACAGAAGCAGAAGCGGGAGGGGCCUGCACACGCUGACCUUCACGCUCUCCUCCCCGAUGGACAACGACUGCUUCUUCGUCGCUCACUCUUACCCAUACUCCUCCUCCGACCUAACGAGGUUCCUCUCCCUCCUCGAGAAGAGCAGCUCCUCCGGGCGCUACGUCACUCGCUCCUCCCUCUGUCGCUCGGUCGGUCAGCGCGAGUGCCCGCUGGUGAGCAUCACAGAGCCCGAGGGGGAGGCAGCAAAGAGGACGACGAUCUUCAUCUCCUCUCGCGUUCACCCAGGGGAGACGCCGGCGAGCUGGGUGAUGCACGGGCUGCUGGAGUUUCUGACGAGCGAGGAAGAGAAGGCGAAGUCGCUGCGGCGGCAGCACGUGUUCAAGCUCGUCCCGAUGAUGAAUGUCGACGGAGUGAUGGCCGGCAACUGCCGGACGUCGCUAGACGGGGAGGACAUGAACCGCUGCUGGGAGGAGCCUCGUCGGGUCACCUGCCCUGAGAUCGCAGCAGCCAAGGAGCUGCUGAAGAGCCUCAAGGACGAGGGACGUCCCGCCAUCCUUUUCAUCGACCUCCACGCUCACUCCCGUCAGCUCGACUGCUUCGUCUACGGCUGCGACACCAAGAGCGGGAAGACGAAGGAGGAGAGAGAGGAGGAGCCGCUUGAUCCCUCCUCCUUCGAUGUCCGUGUGUUCCCCGCCCUCGUCGCUCAGAGCUGCGACGGUUUCAACUUCAGCUCCUGCUCCUUCAACGUGAGCAGAGGACGUGAGGGAUGUGCCCGGGUGGUGGCGCAUCGAGAGCUGGGGAUCCUGGGGUCUUACACGCUGGAGGUCUCAUUCCUAGGAGGGACGUUGGGGAGGUGCCGAGGAAGAUUCUUCUCGCGCGAGGAGCUCAAGGGGAUCGGGAGGAGCAUCUGCGAGAGCAUCGCCUCCUACUCGGACUCCGAG